CCUGGUAGUAGGAGGCGGAAGGGUUCCGCUUCUCCUGCAGCGGGUGGUUGGGUGAGGGAGAGGAGAAGAGUUGAGGACGCCGCUUGUCUCCUUCGUCUUUUUCUCGCCAUGAGUCCCGAGGAGAAGCCUCCGCCGCCCCCGCCGACCCGCUCCCGGAUUAUCCGGACGCCCCACCAGCAGCGGCGCGGGGGACUUCUGACGGAGAUUCGCACCCCCGUCUUCACCGAGCCCUUCCAGGAGCGCUACAGCCUCAGCCCCGGCCGCGAACUCGGCAGGGGGAAAUUUGCAGUAGUAAAGAAGUGUGUGAAAAAAGAAACUGAAAAAGAAUUUGCAGCAAAAUUCAUGAGGAAAAGAAGGAAGGGACAAGAUUGUCGGAUGGAGAUCAUUCAUGAGAUUGCAGUUCUGGAACUGGCACAACGCAAUCAUUGGGUUAUUAACUUACAUGAAGUGUAUGAAACACCAACAGAAAUGAUUUUGGUUUUGGAAUAUGCUGCUGGAGGGGAAAUCUUUGACCAGUGUGUAGCAGAAAGAGAAGAUGCCUUCAAGGAAAAAGAUGUAAAGCGUCUCAUGAGGCAGAUCUUGGAAGGUGUUUCAUUUUUACAUCGAAAUAACGUAGUUCACCUUGACUUGAAGCCCCAGAAUAUUCUGCUAACCAGUGAAUCACCAUUGGGAGACAUUAGGAUAGUUGACUUUGGUCUUUCCAGAGUAAUGAAGAAUAGCGAAGAACUAAGAGAAAUUAUGGGAACACCUGAAUAUGUGGCUCCAGAAAUUCUGAGUUAUGAUCCAAUUGGCACUGCAACAGAUAUGUGGAGCAUUGGAGUGCUAGCAUAUGUCAUGCUAACAGGGGUAUCACCUUUCUUGGGAAAUGAUAAACAGGAAACAUUCUUAAAUAUAUCUCAGAUGAAUGUAAAUUACUCUGAGGAUUUUGAUCUUAUAUCUGAAUCUGCUGUGGAUUUCAUCAGAUCUCUUCUGGUUAAAAAACCUGAGGAACGGGCAACAGCAGAAGAAUGCUUGCUGCAUUCUUGGCUAGCACAAACUGAUCUUCCUGAUACUAUAUGCUGGAUUAAGGAUGCAGAAGAGGAGGCCAGUAUCAUUAUUGUAAAUGAAGAAGAUUCUACUUCUGAAAAUUCUACAGAUGGCAAAAAAACAGAAGAUUCAGUAGUGACAGAAGAGCUAAUUGUAGUAGCUUCAUAUACUCUGGGUCAGUGUAGGCAGUCAGAAAAAGAUAACAUUGUUGAACAGAAAACCAUUUCCAAGCGGUUUAAAUUUGAGGAACCGUUGCUGCAAGAAAUACCUGGAGAAUUUAUUUACUGAAUUGCAGCUUGCUUCUGCUCCUGUGAUUUUGAAACUUUAACUUGAGAGACUGGUCCUUUUCCCCCCAGACCAAUUCUUGUAUAGCCAAACGCACAUUUAUAUGCAAAACUCAUUCUAGAUAAAGUAGAGGGAAAAUAUUCAAAAGCCAACUAGAAAACUGUGCCAAACAUCUUUUUUUUUAAUGCAAUUAGUAUAUGGGAAGUGUCCCACAUAGAAAAGUGCAGAAAUCAGUAUUCCCCACAAUCCUGUUGGUAUGUGUAAAACAUAUGUAUUAUUUCUUCUGUUUAAUAAAUAUUUACAAUUGUGGGCUA